CAAACCAAGUUUUCUUCAAAGCUGUAUUUGAAAGGGUAUAUAUCUCACACACAAAACAGAUCAGAAGCUAAAAGGUAAUAAUAUAAUGGCGGAUUUGAGGGACGAAAAAGGUAAUCCGAUCCAUCUAACUGACACACAGGGAAACCCAAUUGUCGACCUGACUGAUGAGCACGGUAACCCCAUGUACCUAACCGGUGUUGUUAGCUCCACUCCUCAGCAUAAGGAGAGUACUACCAGCGACAUUGCAGAGCACCCUACUAGCACCGUUGGAGAAACACAUCCGGCAGCUGCUCCAGCUGGUGCUGGUGCUGCCACCGCUGCCACUGCGACAGGAGUCUCUGCUGGUACUGGAGCAACCACCACAGGGCAGCAACACCAUGGGUCGCUUGAAGAGCAUCUUCGUCGGUCUGGAAGUUCAUCUAGCUCUAGCUCGGAGGAUGAUGGGCAAGGAGGGAGGAGGAAGAAGAGCAUAAAGGAGAAAAUUAAAGAGAAGUUCGGUAGCGGCAAACACAAGGACGAACAAACACCAGCGACCGCCACAACAACAGGACCUGCCACUACCGACCAACCUCACGAGAAGAAGGGCAUUCUCGAGAAGAUCAAGGACAAGCUUCCAGGCCACCAUAACCACAACCACCCAUGAACACCAAUCAUAUGACGUCUUUGUUACAUGAAUAAAUCGUUUGCACGAAUUUCAUUAGGGCUUAUGAAGAAUCAAUAUAUAUGUCUAGUGAAGUUUACUAAAUUUUAGUUGUGUUUGCUUGCAGUUUGUGAAUGUGACCAUCGUGUUAUCAUGUUCUUGUUUAUUUAUAAAGAAGGAACUGUAUUUUGCUAGCAUUUUUUUCUCAAUUGACAACGGCCG